AUGUGGCCGUACGAUCCUCAUCCUGCGGCUCCUGUCUGUUCCUCGUCUCCACCGCCGGGUUCCUCCGAUUUUCACCGCUUCGUCUCCCAGUUUGAUCUCUCUCCCCUUCCUCGUUUUCCUCUUCACUACUGCUGCUCGGCGCUUGUGCUUCCUCCCUAUAAGAAGGGUCUGCUCGUUCUUCCGGAUCAGUAUCGAGAGUGGUUAAAGCCCUUCGCCUCGCUGCUUGGAACGCGUUUUCCGGUCCUCCGCCUACGCCGCUUACAGCCCGUCUCCCGCGGCCUCGUCCUCUUCCGCUGCGCGAUGGUGAUUGCCGGAUGUCAUGAGCUGUCGCCAGUGCGCGCUGCCGUUGCGUCAGUGGUGAUCGAAAAAUCACAGCCGGUAUCUGCCUCGGCGACGGCUGCGAUGAAACCGCCAUUGCCGCCUGCCCCGAAGCCCGCGUCGUCAACACCUGCGGUCCCUGUUCUCCCGAACCCGGCUCCCCCUGCUGCUGAUUCGCCCCCAGCUGCCGCUGCGACUCUGUCUGGUCCCGCUGCCCCUGUGGUUGCCCCUCACGCUCUCCCGCGUCAAGAGCCUGAGCACGUGGCCUCUGCUGCUGUCGUUGCGCCACCAGCUGCCGCCGUCCCUGCUGCCCUUGCUGCUCUGGGCACCGACCUGGCGCUGACGGCGGUGUCCGCCACCACUGGCGGCCUUGCCCCGGCGGAGUCUCCUCGUCGCCGCCAAUCCGGCGGGAACUGGCAUUCGUACCGGGGUGGGCGGGGGGGGGGCUGGCGAGGAGGUCACGGUCGUGGACGUGGCGGGGCGUUUGACGCGCCGGUGACGAUGGCGGACUUGCAACGGGUCGUAAGUGCUGCGAUGCGCGAGGAGAGGGCAUCGCAGGCGAGCCAGCAGGUCCCGCGUGCAGCUGCCGCUCCUCCUCCUCUUGCACCUCUUGUGGCUGCACCGCCGGCAGUUGCCCCUCGUCCUCCUGCUCUCCCCGCUCCUUAUCCAUCCCUUCUGCCCGUUGAUCCCGCUCCCCAUGCUGCUUGUGCUGCGCAGCCGUUCCAUCCUCGGACGGCGCAGGUUCCGGAGGCGACCCUGGGGCAGCUGUGGUGCCUAUCUGAGGGCUUGCGGGUUGUCCAUCUGAUCCAAUUUUAUGGACACGCGGCUCUUUCCCGCGGUGUUGCUCUGGAAGGCGGCCCUCGGGACGAGUGCCUAGAUGCCGCUGAUCGGCUUGCCGAGCUCCUGACGCCCGUGUUGGCUGCGCUCGCGAGGGGUGGAGUUGCGGGCGUUGGACAGAUUGGGUCGGCUGUCCGUGGUCUGCGGCGGUUUCUGCGCGCAGGGACUGCAGUCGACUUGAUCGGCGCAACCACAGUGGUGGUGCGCGAGCUUCAUCGCUCGUUGACGGGCUUGCUUGCCGUCCUUGAUGCGGAAUUCUACCGUCCGCGCAGGAGAGUCGCCAUGGCGGAAGCCACGGGCGGCAAGUACGUGGGGGAGGCGCAGGGCACGGCGCGCGCCAACAUGGACACGGUCAUGAAGGGAUGGUUCUCGGAAGUCAGCCCCAUGUGGCCAGGAGAGGCGCAUUCGUUAAAGAUCGAGAAGGUGGUGUUCGAGGGCAAAUCCGACUUCCAAGACGUCGCCAUCUUCCAGUCGGAGACGUACGGCAAGGUGUUGGUGCUGGACGGCGUGAUCCAGCUGACGGAGCGCGACGAGUGCGCGUAUCAGGAGAUGAUCACGCACGUGCCGCUCUGCUCCAUCCCCAACCCUAAGAAGGUGCUGGUGGUGGGCGGCGGCGACGGCGGCGUGUUGAGGGAGGUGUCGCGGCACGUGGGGGUGGAGCAGAUCGACAUCGUCGAGAUCGACGGCAUGGUCAUCGAUGUGUCCAAGGAGCACUUCCCUGCGGUGGCCAUUGGCUACAAGGACCCGCGCGUCAACGUCACUGUGGGCGACGGAGUGGCGUUCCUCAAGGCGGUGCCAAAGGGCACGUAUGAUGCCAUCAUCGUCGACUCCUCCGAUCCCAUCGGCCCCGCGCAGCAGCUGUUUGAGCGGCCCUUCUUCGAGUCGAUGGCGCGUGCUCUGCGGCCGGGCGGUGUGGUGUGCACGCAGGCGGAGUCGCUGUGGCUGCAUCUGCCCAUCAUCAAGGACAUUGCCCUCGCCUGCCACCACGCCUUCAAGGGCUCCGUCAACUACGCCUGGACCAGCGUCCCCACCUACCCCAGUGGCACGAUCGGCUUCAUGGUGUGCUCGACCCCGGGGCCAGAGGUAAACUUCAAGGUCCCCUGCAACAAGAUUGAGGACCAGCCUGAACGACCUGACAACCUGCCCAAGUUGCCGCCUCUAAAGUACUACAACUCUCAAGUCCAUUCUGCUGCCUUUGUUCUCCCGCAAUUCGCCAAGGAAGCUCUUGAGCCCCACCUCACUAAGUAA